AUGGACCGUGGGCACAGGAGAAGGAACCCAAGGGUUCACAAUAUAAGUGAAGAAGCACCCCGAACAAGGUCUCGGGUGAGGCAUGAUAUUCCCAGAAGAAACAGAUCACGGACACCUUCUGCAAGGCAAGAGGCAAGGAGGGAUGGGAGAAGCCGAAGUCCUCGGGUCCCAGCAGGACAUCACACCAGGAAUGAUGGACAAGGAAGGGGCAGAGCAGGAAGGCGCCGUAACAGAUCCGUAAGUGUAGAUGUAGGAGAAGCUAGACAAAGACCAUGGGGAAGCAGGUCCCGCUUAAACAGAAAUGUAGUGCCACCUCCUAUCAUAGCAGAUAAUGCUGGUGAAGUGGAAUAUGCUGAAAACCAGCCACACGAGAACCUUGAAGGGAUUCACCAGCCAUUGCCUGUUCCUCAACCUGUGAUUGCCCAAGCUGUAGAUGACAACGAGCCUCCUCUAAUACCAAAUAAUGAGGUCCUACAGCUUCUUACAGAAGCUAACGAAGGGGAAGAGCAGCCUGCACAAGCUAAUGAACCUCCCCAGCCAAUCCCACAGGUAGCUCAGAGAGAUAAGAAAGAGCAAUGCUGUAUAUGCAUGAGUGGUUACAACCCUGAGGAGGACAUCAUGCAGCUGCAAUGUAACCACAUAUUCCAUUCUGUGUGCAUCCUGACAUGGCUAGAGGAGGCUUCCACCUGCCCUAUCUGCAGAACUGAAAUUAUAACUUAA